AUGGUGCGCCAUCCUCGUGUCACUUUUCGUUCUCCUGUAUAUCUUAUCAUAUAUGUAGAUGAUGACGAAGGUGCCGCACAUUUACACGAACUCAGCAAGCUUGCGGAGAAGGAUCCCGAGUUCUACACGUAUCUGCAGGAGAAUGACAAAGAGUUGCUCGAGUUCGACCCGGAUUCUAUGGAUGCUAAUGAGGACGGAGAUGAUGAAUAUGAGGAGGAAGUCGAGGAUGAGGAGAUGGCGAGCGUGCCUGAGCUCACGAAGAACAUUUUGCAGAACUGGCAAAAGGCAAUACUCGAGCACCGGUCAUUACGUGCGCUGAGGAAGCUGCUCAUCGCGUUCAGGUCUGCUGUACACAUGAACGAAGAGGACCAAGUCGUAGCCUGGUCAAUCAACCACUCGACAGUGUACAACAAGCUUGUCACGACUGCAUUUAAAUACACUCCAGUUGUGCUCACCCACCACUGCCCACACAAGACUCUCCCUGAUGGUAGAUUCAAAAGCCCGACGCAGAAUCACAAAUGGAAAACGCUGCAGAAGCUGAUUCUGUCGUAUUUUCACAAUGUGAUGCAACUCUUGACGCAGCUCACGGACAACGAGCUCCUCGUCAUGGCUCUUUCUGAGACGGCGAAGCUUGUGCCAUACGUGACGAGCAGCCGCAAGGCCAUCAAAGUCUACUUGAAGGCAUGUCUUGACCUAUGGUCAUCUUCAGAGGACAAGGUCCGGAUUGCGGCCUUCCUAUGUGUGCGGAAACUUGCCUCAUCGACAGAUACGUCGCUCCUGGAUAUGGCUCUGAAGAAUACCUACAUCACACUCGUUCGCGCCUGCAAACAGACCAGCGCACACUCUCUGCCGUCGAUUAACCUGAUGAAGAAUUCGGCUUCUGAGCUCUACACGAUUGACCAUGCAGCCGCGUAUCAGCGCGCGUUCGGCUACAUUCGUCAGCUUGCAAUACUCCUUCGCAAUAGCAUAAAGACCAGGAGCAAGGAGUCAUAUAAGCAGGUGUACAACUGGCAAUAUGUACACUGUGUCGAUUUCUGGGCAAUCGUUCUUGCGCGGGCGUGUGACCGUCAGUCAGAGGCGGCACGUGGUGGCGAGAGCGAAUUGCGGCCAUUGAUUUAUCCAUUGGUACAGGUAUCGUUAGGCGCUGUGAAACUCAUCCCUAAUGCUCGCUCCUACCCCUACCAUUUGCAACUCUCGCGCUCCCUGCUCCACCUUUCACAGCAUACGCAUACCUACAUUCCACUUGCACCGACUUUGUUGCCGAUGAUCGUAACCCCGCUAACAAGCUCGUUCAACAAAGGCGGCUCGCUGCGCCCGCUCGACUUCGAGACGACGCUGCGCGCUCCACAACAAUACCUAAAGACGCGCGUAUAUGGCGAGGGCGUCGUUGAUGAAGCGUGCUCUGUGCUUGCUGAGUAUUUGGCUAGCGUUCCGGUCCAUGCGAGCGUUGCGUUCCCUGAAGUCACUGUCCCGGUCCUCGCUGCGUUGCGCCACGCCAUCAAGGCUGCAUACAAGUUCACCGGUAAUGGCAAGGACAAGAAGGGGAAGAGCAAGGGCAAGGAAGCGGUAACGGUGAAAGCGCUGGUGGAUCGUGUGGAAGAGAGUGUGAAGUGGGUCGAGGACCGCAGAAAGGGCGUAUCAUUUGCGCCGGAAAAACUGGAUGAGGUGCAUCGCUGGGAAAACAAUGUCAAGACUGAGGAGACACCGUUGGGCAAGUUUGUGCGUGUGCAGAGGAAGGCGAAAGAGAAUAGACGUAGGUUAAUGGAGAAGGUAUGUUCCAGUAUUGGUGGUAAAAUGUUAAACUAA